AGAUUUGCAUUGUGGUCUGAAGUUAGUGAUAGCAGGAUGGCUUAGUGCCCGUGUCGUGGCUUGGUCUUGACAGUCUCCUAAGUUUCGUCCUUACUCAUUUGGAGUACAUCGGCCUAUGCGGCAUCGGGCAUUGCUCUCCUGCUUUCGUGAGCUUGGUUGCAAUCAAGUGAUAAGUUGAAUACCGUUUCUGUUUCAGGAAACCAUCAGGUAGCACAUUUGCCGGCUUCCUCGAGUUCCUCAGCUUCAUCUGAAUCCUCAUAUUGUUCCUCGUCCGUAACUCCCCUCUUCAAUCUCAUGGCUACACAACAGCCACCGCCGACCGAGCCGGGUCGGCUGGCAAAGCUAGUGGUCCCCACGCUCGAGAAAAUCAUUAAAAACGCAUCAUGGCGGAAACACCAGCGGCUCGUACAAGACUGCAAGGGCCUGAUAGAAUGGUUCGCUAAGAACCCUACUCCAGGCACGGAAUGGCAGCCUCCUGCUCAAGAUCCUCCCGGAUACGUGAAUCCCUUCGACGAAUCUGCUUCACGGGGAGGAUCUAGUCAUUCAGGAUCGUCUGGCGGGGCGUUUCCCGCUGGGUUGUUCGACGACGGUAACCGGGUGCUGAAGAUUAAAGACGCGGAGUUUAUCAUGGCGCCACUUCACACGGCCUGCGAGACGCUCGCGGCGAAGGUGGUGGAGCCGACGCUGGACUGCCUUCAGAAGAUGGUCGCGCAUCAGCAUCUGCGGGGAGAGAUGGACGUUGGCGGGACGACGCGCGAAAGCAAGCUGCUCACGCGGGUUAUGGAAUCCGUGUGCAAGUGCUACGACAUAGCGGACGAAGCGGUGGAGCUCCUAGUCCUAAAGACUAUGCUGUCAGCCGUUACCUCCACCUCGCUUCGCGUUCACGGCGAGUGCGUUCUUAAAGCCGUCCGCACCUGCUACAACAUUUACCUCGGUAGUAAGGUCCCCGUUAACCAGACCACAGCCAAGGCUUCCCUCACGCAGAUGCUCGUUAUAGUGUUUCGGCGAAUGGAAGCGGAUUCGUCGACGGUUCCGGUUCAGCCAAUCGUGGUCGCGGAUCUAAUGGAGCCCUCUGAUAGGCUAGCGUCGGAUCAGAACGUAACGCAGUUCGUACAGUCGUUUAUCACCAAGGUAGUGCAGGAUAUCGAGGUUGCUUUUAACCCGGCGCAUUCUCAGUCUCUCGACGAUGGCGCGUUUGACUUAGCCGUAACAGCCAGCGCCACCGGUGCUGCAGCAGCAGGAAGCCUAGUCGAGGAUAAGGACAUGCUAGAUGUUAAGUACUGGGACGUGAACAUGCUCGCAGGCGCAGUCACCGAUCCAACCAAGUCCCUAGGCGGCGGAGACGGAAAAGUAGUCACCGUGAAAGCCGGCGCGACCCUAGGCUCCGUGGCCACUGUUCCCGCGGGCUCCAGCGCAAAUGGCGGCGUAAAUCCCGCGGGAGCCAUGACGGAGGGCGGCGGAGUGAUCAUUCCCGACGUGGAUCCGGAGAAGGAGGGCGACUCGGAGGUGAAGAUAACGAACAAGCUGCGGCGAGACGCGUUCCUCGUGUUCCGCGCGCUGUGCAAGCUGUCCAUGAAGGCGCCCCCGGCGGAGGGGGUGGUGGACCCCUUCGCCGUGCGCGGCAAGGUGGUGUCGCUGGAGCUGCUGAAAAUCUGCCUCGAGAAUUCUGGCGCUGUCUUCCGCACCAACGAGAGGUUCGUGGGCGCAGUGAAGCAGUACCUGUGCCUGUCGCUGCUCAAGAACUGCACCUCGUCGCUCAUGUCCGUCUUCCAGCUCUCCUGCUCCAUCUUCUUCUCCCUCCUCACGCGCUUCCGCUCCGUCCUCAAGGCCGAGAUCGGCGUCUUCUUCCCCAUGAUCGUGCUGCGCGUGCUGGAGAACGUCGCCCACGCCAACUUCCAGCAGAAGAUGAUCGUGCUGAGGUUCCUGGAGAGGCUCUGCGUGGACCCGCAGAUCCUGGUGGAUAUCUUUGCCAACUACGACUGCGAUGUCGAGUCGACCGUCAGCAUCUUCGAAAGAAUGGUGAGCGGGCUGCUGAAGACAGCACAGGGAGUGCCCCCUGGGGCGGACUCCACGCUGAACGCAGCCCAGGACCAGCAGCUGCGGCUGGCCGCCAUCAAGUGCAUGGUGGGCGUGCUGCGCUCCAUGGGCUCCUGGACCAACCGCCAGCUCUGCGUCACCGCAGGGCCCAAGGUGGCCGCUGAGAUCGGCGCCGCUGCUGCUGCUGCUGCAGCCGCCUCGGCAGCAGCAGCGGCAGCGGCGGCAGCGGCAGCAUCGGCUGCAGGGGAAGGGGGGGCUGCGGCUCCUGUGGCUGUGCCGGAUCUACUGUCUGGGGAUCUGCUGCCGGAUUUUGUGAAUCCCAAGACUGCAGGGCUGCCUGUUGUGAGAUCAGAGGAGGGUUUGGAGGAGGAGGGGCUUGGAGGGGUGCCUGGGGCCGGGCAGCCGGGGGUGAACAGUGGGAAUGAGAUCUCCGAAGCUGCAAUUUUGGAGCAGAGGCGCGCGUAUAAGCUGGAGUUGCAGGAGGGGAUAAACCUGUUCAAUAAGAAGCCUAAAAAGGGGAUAGAUUUCCUGAUAAAGGCGAAGAAGCUCGGGGAAGGGGCGGAGGAGAUAGUGGCGUUUCUGCGGAAGACGGAGGGGCUGGAUAAGACGAUGAUUGGUGACUUUCUGGGGGACAGGGACGACAUGAGCAUCAAGAUCAUGCACGCUUACAUGGAUUCGUACAACCUCUCUGGAAUGGAUUUCGAUGAGGCGAUUCGAUCGGUGCUGCUGGGCUUCCGGCUGCCGGGAGAGGCGCAGAAGAUUGAUCGCAUCAUGGAGAAGUUUGCAGAGCGCUACUGCCGCUGCAACCCCAAGGCGUUCACGAGCGCAGACACUGCAUACGUGCUGGCGUACUCUGUCAUCAUGCUCAACACGGACGCGCACAACCCAGGCGUCAAGAGCAAGAUGAGCAAAGCGGACUUCCUAAAAAACAACCGAGGCAUCGACGAUGGCAAGGACAUUCCCGAGGAGUUCCUGGGCGGGCUGUACGACCGCAUCACGCGCAACGAGAUCAAGAUGAAGCCCGAGCUCCUGGGGGCGGGCGGGGCGGCGGCCAAGGCUGCUGCUGCGAGUAGUGCGGCGGGCGGCGCGCUGCUGGGGCUGGAGAGCAUUCUGAACCUCAUGUCGGGGCGCACGCGGGCCACCACAGACCUGGAGACGAGCGACGAGGUGGUGAGGCACAUGCAGGAGCAGUUCCGCGCCAAGGCGGGGAAAUCAGGAUCUGUGUUCUACGCCGCCUCGGACGUGCAGAUCAUCCGCCCCAUGGUGGACGUGGUGUGGGCGCCCAUGCUGGCAGCGUUCUCAGUGCCCCUGGAGACGACGGAGGAGGAGACAGUCACAGAGCAGUGCCUGGAGGGGUUCCGAUAUGCCGUGCACGUGACUGCUGUUAUUGGCAUGCAGAUGCAGCGCGAUGCGUUUGUGACAUCUCUGGCCAAGUUCACAUCGCUGCACUCUGCAGCAGACAUCAAGCAGAAGAACGUGGACGCAAUUAAGAGCCUGCUGCUGGUAGCAGAGGACGAUGGGAACUAUCUCCAGGAGGCAUGGGAGCACGUGCUCACCUGUGUGUCGCGCUACGAGCACCUGCACCUCAUUGGGGAGGGCGCCCCCACCGACAGCCACUUCUUCUCCGCAGCACCGCAGCUGCCCCCCCUCCCACAGCAGAACCGCCCGCAGCCCCUGGAUCCCCAAGGGAAGAGGGGGGGGGGGAGAGGGAGGGAGACGGCGGGGGGAGUGCAGAGGGGGAGCGCGGGGGACGCUGGGACGCCGAAGGGGCAGGCGAAGAGGUUUGGCGAGGGAGGGGAGGCUCCUGCUUGGAAGAAUCUGCCCGGCAAAAUGACCCAGGUGGAGAAGCUGGUGCGCCGAGGCUCGUACGACCCGCAGGGGGUGAUCAGUGGAGGGCCCACAGGCGUGGGCGUGGGCGUGUCUCUCUCGCAUCUCUCCCCCGAUCAGGUGCAGCUGCUGGUGGCUAACCUGGGUCUGUUGGAGCAGGUGGGGUCGGACGAGGUCUCUCGCCUGUUCUCCCGCAGCGAGCGCCUCAACGGGCAGGCGAUUGUGGAGUUCGUUAAAGCCCUCUGCAAGGUUUCAUUGGAGGAGCUCCGUUCGCCCACUGAACCCCGCGUCUUCUCCCUCACGAAGAUUGUCGAGAUUGCCCAUUUCAACAUGAGUCGCAUCCGCCUGGUCUGGUCUCGCAUCUGGGCCGUCCUGGCAGACUACUUCGUAACGGUGGGGUGCAUGCCGAACCUCUCGGUCGCCAUGUACGCCAUCGACAGCCUGCGGCAGCUCGCCAUGAAGUUCCUGGAGAGGGAGGAGCUCAGCAAUUACAACUUCCAGAACGAGUUCCUCAAGCCGUUUGUGGUGGUGAUGAGGAGGACGGCCAGCGUGGAGAUCCGGGAGCUGAUUAUUCGAUGCGUGUCGCAGAUGGUGUUUGCACGCGUGGCGAAUGUCAAGUCCGGCUGGAAGAUCAUGUUCAUGGUGUUCACCACGGCAGCAACAGACGACAACAAGAACAUUGUUCUCCUCGCAUUCGAGACCAUAGAAAAGGUCGUGCGAGAGUACUUCCCCUACAUCACCGAAACAGAAACCACCACCUUCACAGACUGCGUCAACUGCCUCAUCGCCUUCACCAACUCGCGCUUCAAUAAAGACGUCUCCCUUAACGCCAUAGCCUUCCUGCGCUUCUGUGCGCUCAAGCUGGCCGAAGGGGAUCUGGGGGCAACGGCACUGGAGAGGGAGAAGGGGCUGAUCCCCGCCAAUGCGUCACACAUGCCGGGGCACCCAGAUGGCGAGGAGUUUACGGAUAAGGACGACCACCUCUACUUCUGGUUCCCUCUCCUUGCUGGCCUGUCGGAGCUCACCUUUGACCCGCGUCCAGACAUCAGGAAAAGCGCAUUGGAAGUCCUCUUUGACACGCUGCGCUUCCACGGCCACAUGUUCUCCGCUGCGCUCUGGGAGCGCGUCUUCGAGUCCGUCCUCUUCCCCAUCUUCGACUACGUUCGCCGCGCCUCCGAGCCGCAAUACGGUGAUGCUGGUGGGGUGAUGCUAGGAGGAAAAAGAGGCGGAGGAGGGGGAGGAGGAGGAGGUGGUGGAGGUGGUGAUGGAGGGGGUAAAGGUGGAAAAUCGGAGGCGGGAGGAGGAGCCGGGGGAGGGAAGGGAGCAGGGGAGGCAGGAGCGGCAGGUGUGCCCAUCCACAAGCAUUCGCACCAUAGAGGGGCGCCGCUCUCCCGCCACCCAUCCACGUCAGAGGAUGAGCGGCUCCGGGCGGCACGGAGCAGCAGUCCAGAUCCCGUAUCCGAGCUCGAGAUGGACGCGUGGCUGUAUGAAACGUGCACCUUAGCGCUUCAGCUUGUAGUGGAUCUUUUCGUGAAGUUCUAUGCUAAAGUGAGCCCGCUUCUAGGGAAGAUCCUGGCCCUGCUGACGUCAUUCAUCCGGAGGCCGCACCAGAGCCUCGCGGCGAUCGGGGUAGCGGCGUUUGUGAGGCUUAUGAGCAACGCGGGGGGGCUGUUUUCAGAGGAGAAGUGGGACGAGGUGCUGACUGCUCUCAAGGAAACGACGGGGACGACUCUCCCCGACCUAGCAGGCGUUGUGAAGGCAGCAGAUUUGGAGGAUGAGGAGGAGAGGGAGGUGGAGCGGCAGCAGCAGAUUCGAGAGGCCAGGAGGUUUGAUUUCACGAGGGACGAGGACGACGAUGAGAAGCAGCAGCAGCAGCAGCAGCUGGCUGCUGCUGUUGCAGAGGCUGUUGCUGCUGCUGCUGCUGCAGGUGCUGGUGGCGCUGGUGGCGCGGGUGGUGGGGAUGCGGAUGCAGGAGAGGAGGGGGGAGCAGUAGCCAAGAGGCCAAUGACCCUGGCAGAGGCAGUUGGGGAUGUGCGGUGCAAGAUAGCGGUGCAGCUGCUGCUGGUGCAGGCAAUGACGGAGAUAUUCAGCAUGCACGGUGCAUCCCUCUCCGCCCCGCACACGCUCGUCCUCCUCGACUCGCUCCACCUAGUCGGCACGCACGCCCACGCCAUCAACUCCGACCGCCUCCUGCGCUCGCGCCUCCAAGCCCUCCAUCUGGCCACUCAGAUGCCGGACCCUCCUUUGCUGAGGCUGGAGAGUGAGGCGCUGCACGCGUACCUGAGUCUGCUCCAGCGCCUGCCAAGGGAGAAGGCCCAGCUGGCGAAAGAAGUAGAUGUGGAGCUCAGGCUCGUGAUCCUCUGUGAAGAGGUGCUCCGGGUGUAUGUGGGCACAUCCCAGGGCAAGCUCACUUUGAUGACCGAUGACCCGAGAGGUGCAGACGCCCCACCCCUCCCUCCCAUACCUCUUGCCGUACCCCUCGGCUCGGCUCGGCGCCGGGAACUGGUGGCUCGGGCGCCACUAGUCGUGGCUACGCUGCAGGCGGUUACCGCUUUGAAGGAUGCGGCGUUCAAAAAGCACCUGGCAAGGUUCUUCCCGUUGCUGGCGGAUUUGGUAAGCAGUGAGCAUGGGUCGCCGGAGAUCCAGGUUGCUCUCAGCAAGAUGUUUUCGUCGAGGAUUGGCCCCAUUGUUUUCUCCGUAGCCGAGUGACUGCUUGAUGACGAUCUUACAACGGGCAUUAUUGUUGGCAUGUGAUGUGAGGCUAGUAUCACAAAUGGGGAGUGUACUAUCGGUACUAUGGAUUCAUUUACAUGGAGCUAUUUGCAUAUGAUAUUGCCAAGAACUUGGAUUCGCUUGAGACUGAAGGACUUUGUUGAGGUGCAGUUG